AUGACAUCGCUCAUAUUUGUGCACCUCCUUCUUUUGGGGUUAAGGGUCAUUGACAGCACUACAGAUGCAUGGAGACGCUGCACAGAUAUGCUUCCUCUGGAUCUUCUGUCUUUUGUCCUUGAGAAGGAUACCUCCAAACUCGCCCCUGGGGUGCACAUGAAGCAGGCUGGAGGGGUGAGGGGUGUGCAUUUCUCAAGCCCUCAUACCUCCCUGAGCUUUCCCUCCUCCCAGCUGCUGGUCAACUGUGAGCUCUUCCCCAAAGAAUUCUCCAUCAUUGUGACACUAAAAGUCAGUCACAUUGCACCUACGAGAAAUGAAUACAUCUUUUCUUUGAUGGAGCCAAAAAAAGCACAGAAAAAAGGAGUGGAAGAGAAAGAACAGAACAGUAAAGGGGACAUUUUGGAAAGGAAUAAAGGAGAGGAGCAACAUGGCGAGAGGGAGAGGACAGUCAAGACUAAUGAGGAACAUGCACAGGUCAUUCUGGGACUGAGACUCUCCAGAAAACGUCUGCACUUCCUUUUUAAAGGUCAUGGAGAGGUUGUAGAGCACUGGGUGUUUCGAGGCACUGGACUGGCUGACAACCAGUGGCACACUCUGGUUUUAGUUGUUGGUAGUGAUCAUGUGAGGCUCACAGUGGACUGCCGCUCACCCCAGGAAAUUGUUCCCUCCAGGCCUUUCCCCUCAGACAUCAAUAUCCAGGGAUCCAGAUUCCACAUUGGCAGUCGGGGGAGAUGGAAAGGCUUCUAUUCAGGUCUGUUGCGACAGCUGGUUUUGGUGCCAGGUUCUGAUGCCUCCCAUCAUGUCUGCCCCUCUUCAGACCCCCAACUAGCAGCUCUGUCAGUGCCACCGCUUCUCUCAGACCUGCCCAUCAUGGGGAGGAAGGGUGACGACUAUGUAACUUCUUAUGAAACGGAGGAGCGAGUGUCAGUGGGGUUGGAGCAGUUGUGCUCAGAGCUGCUUCGAGGUCAAAUGUGGUUCAAUCCGCUCAGGAAAGGUCUCUACCUCUGCGACGGUACAGUGUGGAUCACUGUGCUAGAGGAUCAUAAACGACUGGACUACGUGCUGGAGCACCAGGUCCUCACCACCACCUCAGAGACACAUGAUAUAGAGGUGUUCCAGGUACCUGGCAUGGGUCUGAUGGCUGCUAUGGCUCAUCGGUCAGCUUCUGGCUCUGCUGUGUAUCUAUGGACCGACACAGGUUUUCAGCUCUACCAAAAUAUCAGCACAUAUGGAGCUCUGGCUUGGAGACACUUCACCAUGGGCAAGAAGAUUUUUCUGGUGGUGUCCAACUCUGGAGGAGGGUCAGACAAGCGUAAAGAAUCAGAUACAGACUUUUCUGUGAUUUACAAGUGGAGCAAAAGAAGAAAACGGUUUGUGCGGUUCCAGACUCUGCAGACUCUCUGUGCACGGGACUGGGAAGCCUUUGACAUCAAUCGACAAAGCUAUCUCGCUGUAGCCAAUCACAGAAAAGGAGAUAAUAAUCACACUAUUGACAGUGUGAUAUACAAAUGGAACAGGUUAACAAAGUCUUUUGAGGUUCACCAGCUGCUGCCGACCUCAGGGGCAUACGACUGGGAGUAUUUCACAGUCGGACCAUACCAUUUCCUGGUGGUCGCUAAUGCCUUUGAUGGAUUGACCACUUCUGUAGACUCAGUCAUCUACGUUUGGAUCAAUGGAAGCUUCCAGGUGUUCCAGACAAUUAAGACGUUCUGCGCCACAGACUGGGAAAUGUUUCAGAUUGGCAAUCGAGUCUUCCUGGUUGUUGCCAAUGGACACAGGCUCCAUGGUAACGGACUAAGUCAAUAUGCCAUUAACUCCACCAUCUAUGAACUGGACAUGAUUGGACGGCUGUUUGUCCGCUUCCAGGAUAUUAUCACCUACAGUGCAGUGGACUGGGAGUUCUUCAGCCUCGGGGAGGAAUAUUUUCUGGUUGUCGCUAACUCCUUCAACGGGGAAUCCUACUCUCUCAACAGCAUUCUCUACAGGUGGCAGGGAUAUGAAGGAUUUGUUCCUGUUCAUUGGCUCCCAACGAUUGGGUGCAGUGACUGGGAGUUUUUCAGCUCUAAGGGAGAAUCAUAUCUGAUCUACUCUAGUGCCAAAGCACCUCUUUCCAAAGUGUUCAAGCUGAAAACCUACUAA